GCCGUUUUAAAAGGUCCUCGCCUUGAGGUACAGGUUGCGCGGCCUGAAGAUCCUCAAAUAUCCUCAAAUUGUAAAAAUAAUACGUCGCAUGGUAGAACGUGUUGUAAAUAUGGACCACCAUUUGAGGCCGCAAAUGAGUUAUUGGACUCCGAUGAAGAGGAUGAACGAGAAAGAGAGCAUGUUCCUAAAGGUACACUCGGCCCUAAAGCAAAACAUCAAUUAGAAGUAAUGUUACGGAAAUUGACCUAUGAGAGAGGCGCUAUAGCAAAGGCAAUGACCUUUUCUAUUGAUCAUUCUGACGCUGCUGAUGAGAUAGUAGAUAUAAUCUGUAAAAUACUUGUCAUUAAGGAAACACUCAUUCCAACCAAAGUUGCCCGACUAUAUUUGGUAUCAGAUAUUCUACAUAAUAGUAGUGUUUCAGUGCCGAAUGUCUGGAAAU